GUGGUUGCAUUAUUGAACGAUCGGUGUUAUCCGCAGUUUUCCUUGGCCCCAUCUGCCGCCCCAUGAGUUUCUUCCGCCCCUUGCGGUCGGUGUUUGGUACAUUGAGGUCUGGUUCUUCUAUAUUUAAGCCACAUGCGAAACUUCAGUAUUUAGCCAGUUAUCCUAAUGCCCGUGCUUUCGCAGCCCAGCCUGCAGCGUCCGUUCCCUCUCCCAGUGUCGGCCGGAUUAUUGCGGUUAUCGGCGCGGUUGUCGAUGUUCAGUUUGAUGAAAACCUUCCUCCAAUCCUUAACGCUCUUGAGGUGAAAGGUCGUUCUCCUCGUUUGAUUUUGGAGAUAGCCCAACAUUUGGGCGAGAACACCGUUCGCACAAUUGCGAUGGAUGGCACUGAAGGGCUUGUGCGCGGACAGGAAUGCGUGGACACUGGGGGACCAAUACAAGUUCCAGUUGGGCCUGAGACACUUGGCCGAAUUAUGAAUGUCAUCGGUGAGCCCAUUGAUGAGCGGGGCCCAAUUAACUCAAAGAUGAAAUCCGGUAUUCACCAGGAUGCCCCUGCUUUUGUCGAAAUGAGCACGGAUCAAGAAAUAUUGGAGACUGGCAUCAAAGUUGUUGACCUGCUGGCCCCCUAUGUGAAGGGUGGGAAGAUUGGGUUGUUUGGUGGUGCCGGUGUCGGAAAAACUGUUCUCAUCAUGGAACUGAUCAACAACAUUGCUCGCGCUCACGGAGGCUACUCUGUAUUUGCUGGUGUUGGAGAGAGAACCAGAGAAGGAAAUGACCUUUAUCAUGAAAUGAUUACUACCGGUGUCAUUGAUCUCAAGGGUACAAACUCCAAGGUAUCUCUGGUUUAUGGACAAAUGAAUGAGCCCCCUGGUGCGCGUGCACGUGUCGCCCUUACCGGUCUUACAGUGGCAGAAUAUUUCCGCGAUCAAGAAGGCCAGGAUGUUCUUUUGUUCAUCGACAAUAUAUUCCGUUUCACUCAAGCGGGCUCCGAAGUAUCCGCCCUUUUGGGUCGCAUCCCCAGCGCAGUGGGCUACCAACCCACUUUAGCUACCGAUAUGGGCAUGAUGCAGGAGCGUAUUACGUCCACCAAAAAAGGCUCUAUAACAUCUGUUCAGGCUAUUUAUGUCCCCGCUGAUGAUUUAACGGACCCUGCUCCUGCCACUACAUUCGCGCAUCUUGAUGCCACGACUGUGUUGAGCCGUGCUAUUGCGGAGUUAGGUAUCUAUCCUGCUGUCGAUCCUUUGGAUUCAAAUAGCCGGAUUUUGGAUCCCAACAUUGUGGGAAAAGAGCAUUAUUCCGUUGCUAGAGGCGUCCAGAAAAUACUUCAGGAUCAUCGCUCACUGCAAGAUAUCAUUGCUAUCCUCGGCAUGGACGAACUAUCCGAAGAAGAUAGAUUAACGGUUUCAAGAGCUCGCAAGAUUCAGCGCUUCCUCAGCCAACCGUUUCAGGUAGCAGAGGUGUUUAUUGGUCGUGAGGGAAAGUUGGUCUCCUUGAAGGACUCGAUUAAAGGUUUCAAGAUGAUAAUAGAAGGGGAACUUGACCACAUCCCGGAAGCCGCAUUCUUUAUGGUUGGCGCAAUCGAGGACGUCUUUGAGAAAGCAGAACAGUUGGCGAAAGAAAGCUCAUGAGAACACAGUUAGGUCGUUGUUAAUCGCCAAAUAGUCCAAUUAAACGAGUUUUUCUGU